AAGAGGUGAUAAACCCUAAACCUAAUAUAAACCAAACCUUCGCCCGCCGUCUCUAAGAGUGUUCCAAUUCAAUGGCGGAGGUGGAGGAGAAGCUCAAUCACGAUAACCAGAAUCUAGAUAAAAAAGUCAGGUACAGAGGCAAUCACGACAAGCCGAAGCCGUGGGACGACGACCCAAACAUCGACCGAUGGACAAUCGAGAAGUUCGAUCCGGCGUGGAACCCCACCGGCAUGCUCGAAGUCAGCACCUUCUCCACGCUGUUUCCUAAGUACAGAGAGAAGUAUCUUCAGGACUCUUGGCCCAGGAUCGAAUCAGCUCUCAAGCAAUACGGCGUCGCUUGCAAACUCAACCUGGUUGAAGGGUCUAUGACUGUUUCGACGACGAGGAAGACGAGAGAUCCUUAUAUCGUUGUUAAAGCUAGGGAUUUGAUUAAGCUUCUUUCCAGAAGUGUUCCUGCUCCUCAGGCAAUAAAGAUUCUCGAAGAUGAAGUGCAAUGUGAUAUCAUCAAGAUUGGGAACUUGGUUCGGAACAAGGCAAGAUUUGUCAAAAGAAGGCAGCGGCUUCUGGGUCCUAAUUCUUCUACCUUGAAGGCGAUGGAAAUAUUAUUAGACUGUUACAUUCUAAUUCAGGGAAGUACUGUAGCCGCAAUGGGUUCUUUUAAAGGUCUAAAACAAGUUCGAAGAGUUGUGGAAGAGUGCCUACGUAAUGAGAUUCAUCCGGUAUAUCAGAUAAAGAAUCUCAUGAUGAGAAAGGAACUGGCAAAGGAUCCAGCGCUUGCAACUGAAAGCUGGGCUAGGUUUCUUCCUACUUUCAGGAAGAAGAAUGUUCAGCAAAUCAAGCCCAAAAGCAAGGAGAAGAAGCCAUAUACAACAUUACCUCCUGAACAGACGCCUAGCAAGGUUGAUAAGCAGUUGGAGUCUGGGGAAUACUUCAUGAAUGACCAAAAGAAGGCAGAUAAGAAGUGGCAGGAGAAGCAAGAGAAACAGUCGGAGAAGAGUGCAGAGAAGAAAAGAAAGAGAGAUGCCUCGUUCCUCCCACCUGAGGAACCUACUCAGAACAACAACUUAAACAAAUCUGAGGAGAGCAAGAAAGAUAUAACCGAGUUAACACAAUCCUUAAAGAGCAAGACAAAGGAGUUGAAGAAGCAGAAGAAGACACAAGAAAAAGUGAAUGCAGAGGAGUAUAUUGCUGUUGCAUGAAGAUAAAUCUUAAGUUACUGAAGAUUAAUCUUAAAGCCUUUUUGUUUGAAAAUUUUAAAAUAUUGAUUUGUUCAAAACUAUAUAAACAAGUUCAAUCUUAAUUAUUAUGGAGCCA